GGGACUUGCCUUGCGUGCUCAACUUGUGUAAAGAUUUUGCUCCAAAUGCCUCAGGGCUGCCCCCAUCUCCUGAAAACCUGUCAUGUGACUCCUGUCAGCCCUGGUCACAGGGUUUGGCCACACCUGUGCCACUCACAGCCGUCUUCACCUGUCAGCAGGAAGGGAAGAGGACAGAGCAGGAAGAAGGGUAGAAAAGGAGGAAGAGAGAAGGAUAGAGAGAGAGGCAAGGAGGUUGCAUUUAGCAUUUGGACAGAGUGGCUGACGAUCACCGUGGGAGAGGCUUGCAAUGUCCUCAGCAGCUUCCACCAGCUCUUUGCCCAGCGGCCUGGCUGUCCUGACGACUUUCCCAGAUGUGCUCUUCAUUCCUGAAAUCAUCUUUGGAGGCCUUGUCUGGAUCCUGGUGGCAUCCUCAAGGGUCCCGAUACCCAUGCUGCAAGGCUGGGUGAUGUUUGUCUCCGUGUUCUGCUUCGUCAUGUCCACUACCCUCCUGUGCCUCUACUUUUGUGGGGCCCAUGGGGGCAGCAGCUCCUGGGUCACCUUGGAUGCCAUCUGCCAGGGGACAGCAUCUCUGUUCUACCUCAGUGCUUCUGUGUUGGAAGCCUACUCCACUUACGCUGCUUCCUACUUGUUCAGUCCAAACAUCUACAGGGAGAACAUUGCUGCUGUGGUAUUUGCAUUCGUAGCUACCCUGGUUUACGUGAUCCACAAGGUGUUCUCGCUCCUGCGAUGGAAAUCAUCCUGAGAGCCUCCCCUCGGAAGUGUGUCCUGUGGUCACCUCAAGAACGAUGACUGCAGUUUCCAGGCUGCCUUUAGGUUUUGGGGUUUUUUAAUGUAAAUAUUAUAAACAAGUGGCUUUUUAUGUGGGAUCUUGGCAAUGGAGACAAGGAGCCUGCCAGAGAAAGGCAUAUCCUGGCACAAUCUGUUUCCCUUCAGUCUCUUCUGGGCUGGGUACAGUCUGAUGCUGAUAACUGGGGCCCAAAAUA